AUGAAGCCCGAUGUCCUGUGGCUCCUAAUGGGGUUCCUCGUGCUCAAGGGGGGUGCUCGGGCCAUGGACUACGGACAGGAGGAGAGGAAAGGCAGGGGCAGCGCUCCCUCCCCCCCCGCCAAGGAUGCAAGUUUGCCUCCCAGCCCAAGCCCGGAUCCAGCUUGGCCUGGCGCUGCGCUCCCCCAGGCACUCAGCCUUCGCUUCCCUUUUCUCUUCCCUGCAGGGAAGGCCGGCUUCUGCACGCCCUCCCCGAACGGACUGUACGAGCCCCCCUGCAACGUCACCUGCGAGGGGGACUCCGAGUGUCGCGGGACCGCCAAGUGCUGCGAAUACGCCUGCAGCUAUCUUUGCAUGGCCCCCAGCAGAGAGAAGGCCGGCCACUGCCCUCCGCCGCUGAUGAAGAAGCUCCACGGCCCGGCCCUCUGCCGGCUCACCUGCGCCGAGGACCGCGAGUGCCCCGCCGGGCAGAAGUGCUACAAACCCGGGAAGUGCCCCAGACGGCGACCUGUCAAGGGGAUGAUGCCCCGAGAGGCCGCUCUCGACACCUGCCGGCAGGACCAGGAGUGCGAGGGCUGGAAGAAGUGCUGCUUCACCGGCACCUCCAUGGGCUGCCUCGACGUCCAGUAA